UGUGAAUGAAAUUUACAAAAUGACAUGAACGUGAGGAAAAAUAAAUAAAAUCAUCAUAUUGACUUAAGAGCUAGGAAAUUCCUUGGAGAUAUUUCUAUGUUUGACAUUUUCAUCGAUAUAACUGUAAAACUGUAAUGUGUGCGUCUUUGGUACGUGGAGACAAUAUAACGGAGAUACCAUCGGCUAAAUGUCAGCAUCGUCAUAUUAAUACUGGUUGCCGAUGGAAUAUGAGACUUGUGUUUGUUGUAAUAUGGUGUAUAUUUCUCAUUGUGGAUUUUCAGGUGACCAAUGUUGACAUUCCUUCAGAUAUACCUGAACAUACCAAGAUUGAACAGACCCAGUCGUCCCUACAGGGAAAAGAGACUGUGUCUAAUGUUCAAGCAACAGAAACAUUCACUCCAUCAUCAAGUCUAGGAACUAGUCUACCAGCAGACCAAUCAGAGACAAGCAGCAUUAUAGAGGGAACAUUUUCAUCAACACAUGUAGAACCAAGUUUUACUGAUAUUCAAGGGACCAGUCAAACAGAACAGCAUUUGACAGAAUCUGCGACACAGUCAGCCUCUGUCGUCCAAUCAGAAGUGGUGUUACAGGAUGCUCAUUCAGAAGUUGAGACUGAUACAGAAAAUGGAAAGAGUACUGAGGACUCAGUAGUACCUACAAACGAUCCUGUCGAGCAAUCUGAAAAUGUGGGAACAGAAGACUUUCAAAAGGUCAAAGAAUCUGUAAAGGUCACAGAAACAGAGGUCAAGGACACAGAGGAGGCCAAGGUCACAGAAAAUGUCAAGGUCACAGAGGAAUCUGAGAAAGACAAAGAACCAAGCCAAAAUAUCACACAGUUUAAGGAAAAAGAGGAAACCAGUCAGGAAAGUUUGACAGAUUCUCAAUACCAGUCAACCUCACAAUCAUUUGAAGAUGAAUCAGCAGUGGAAUCAUCAGGAGGGGUACCAGCAGUGGAACAGAAAAAAGAAGGGGAACCAGCUGAAGUUGAGACUGAAGAAAAACAGGAAGAGGAAGGGCUUACAUUUAAUGAAUGGACGCUGAAGGUCCUUGCCGAAGCUGAGAAAGGGAAACUUGAAGCCAAAGAAAUCAAUCAGAACUUGCAGCUACCCCCUGUUAAACUGAGAAAGAAGAAGAACUAUGCCUCGCAAGAAUGUGGUGCCAAAAUACUUGCCAGUAAUCCAGAGGCUUCCAGUCCUAGAUCAGUUCUCAAUUCAAACAGGGACGAAUACAUGAACAACCCUUGUAAAGCUAAAAGAUGGUUUGUAAUAGAGCUGUGUGAGCCAAUACAAGCACAUUCUGUAGAUAUAGCAAGCCUAGAGCUCUUCUCAUCGCAGCCAAAGAUGUUCAAACUAUACCUCAGUGACAGAUACCCUACAAAAGACUGGAAACUUGUUGGAGAGUUUACAACAAAAGAAGAACGUUCUAUUCAGACAUUUACGCUGACUAAUGCUGAAGAUUAUUUUGCCAAGUUUGUACGUGUGGAGCUGACACAGCAUUAUGGGAAUGAACAUUUCUGCCCUCUUACUAUAUUCAGAGUAUUAGGCAUUGCUGUAGUUGACUACGAAGAUGAUCAUCAUGAUAUGAAUGCAGAUGAUGACGAUGACGACAGUGAUAACGAAGAUACAAAUGAAAGCGAAACUGAGACUGGAUCAAAGAACCUUUUUACCAGUGCCAAAGAUACUGUGAUAAAUAUUGUGAAGAAGGUACUGAAUGUUGAUUCCGAGGAAGAACAGUUGAAUAUUAAAAAUGGUACCCAGGGGAAUAUAAUCAGUGAUGCUGAUAAUACAACCAUGAAUGGAACCAGCACAACAGUUGAGCAGAGUACUCUCCCUUGUGUUCCUGAGGUCACAAUUGAUGGUUCUAAGAAAGAGACUUGUACAGAUAGGACAGCAGAAGAUCAGCAAAAACAUACGUUACCUCAGGCACCGGAACCUGGUAAAACUGACAGUGUGAUUGUGGUGAAGUUAGAAGAUGAUGAGCAAGUGGAGACAACUCCAGACGCAUCCCCUACCAAGUCCCUAGACUCCUAUAUACAUGACUGUUUUCUUGCCAUGCACACACUUGCUAUUUCAGAGGAGACAAAAAUCAAUAUAACUCAGUCCAAACUUUGCUCAUUUGUGUACAUGUUGAAAAGACAAAGUCCUGUUCAACAGUCGUCUAUAAGUUUGUCCAAGAAUAAUGAUGAUAAAGUGAUAAAGGCAGAUUCAAGUAAAGUUGCGAUAUCAGAUGAAAUUUCUAAAAAUAGACAAGUGACGAGCUGUACCAUCCCUGUGCAGGUUUCCGAUUCCAAGUCAGAGGAUGUAGUCACUUCAGCUAGUGAUUCUGUAACUGAGGCGUCUGCUAGUUCUGUAUCUAGUACUGUACAAACUAGUAAGGUAUCGGAAUCCAGACUUGAGCAAAAAUCCAGCUUGGACAAUGAUAAAUCUGACUUGCAUGGAACAACGAAAGUUAUUUUGUCAACUUCUACAAUAGAGAUUCAGCCAAGUACAACAGCAGAAGAUAUUAUUGCAACUGAUACAAAUGUUUUAUCAUCCACACAGACUGUUGAUAAUGAUUCUGUGACACAGACUGGUACUCAAAUUUCAUCAGCAACUGAACAAAAAGAGCAAACAGAGUCGGAGAAAAUAGAGCCCAGUCCAACAUUAGUUGAAACAAAAGUGGAGGCUACUCCAGAAACAACAAGGGAAGCUACUCCAGUGUUACCAGAGAGCUGGAAACCAGACACUAAAGAUUUAAUGCAAAGGGAAACUAAAGCUGAGAACCAGAAGACAUCUGAUGGUACAAUUACUCAAACAGACAUAAAAGAUCCGGAACCAUCUUCUGUAACAGUACAGUUGAAAGAGUCUAAGGCAUCUAGUCAAGUGAAUGGUGAAUCAGUUAGGCCGACAGAGACUGGGGACGCAAGUGUUACAGCAUCAAGUGUUGACGACACUGUAGAAGAUCUAGAAGCACUAGGAGAGGAUACACAAGAUCAAAAAGCCAAUACUACAGUAAUUGAUGACAAGGUUGUCGUUAGCAACGGAGGUCAACAGAAAAGGGACGAUCUAAACCUGGUAAAAUUGCCGGCUAUACCAAGCGGUAAACGUGAGUCGGCCAUCAUGAGACUGAGCAAUAGAAUCAAAGUGUUGGAACAAAAUGUCUCACUUAGUAGCCGAUUCUUAGAGGAGCUGAGCAGACGGUACAAGAAGCAGUCAGAAGAUAUGAUGAAAAUGUUGAACAAAACCGUGGCUGCUAUGCAUAAUAUGACCGUAGAAGCAGAUGUAAAGAACAAAAUACACGAGGAUGAGAUGACUGCUAUGGAACGUAGAUUGGAGAACCUGACGGAGAUUGUACAUCAACUGACCCACAGUUUUGAUAAACUAAACAGACAGGUCACGGAUAGACAGAUGAUCUGGACUACAAUCGAAAUAGCCAUCAUAAUCUUCAUGGUGCUUUUCCUACAUCUGCGCCGGAAAAAAGUCAGCCUUCCACCAGAAGUCCGGACUUUAAUUGAAUCGAUGCCAAGCAAGCCGUCAGCAUCAUAUCCUCAACGGCGAAACUCCGUGUCAGGGCCGGCUACUCCGUCAAAAGAGAGGAAUUUUGGAAAUCUUCACUUGGGAGGUGGUUUGCAAAGAUUUAACAGUGAAACAGCUUUAGAUUCUGCUGACGCAAGUUCUGCAAUUUCCAAUGUGGCAAUUUUUCCCUUUAAACCGGGAAGUGAUGCAGUUAAAAAGAAGAAGAAAAAGAAGCAUAAAAAUCUUGAACACCGGUUUUCCUCUUCAAGUUCCGGAAGUUCUGUUUUAACAUGGAACAGUUCUACACAUCGUUCUAGUCAGGAUUCUACAAACAGUGAUUUCCAGUCUAAAGAAACCAGUCUACUGCCUACAAACAUAAGUAACCAGUCCACGAAAGAAACCAGUCACCUACUUGCUAAAAGUACCCAGUCUAAAGAAUCUGGUGCAGCAGCUUCUUGCAAUAUAUCACAGACACAGUCUAGUUGUUUUGGUUCAUUUUUAAGUGGAUGGUCGAAUACAUCAAAGCAGCGUAGUUAUUCACUGGGUACGGAGGUAAACGAAGCUAAGAAAUUGAAAAUUGAUGGUGAAGCACUUGCUAAAAGUGUGCAAAAAGAUGAUUUUGGGUCCAAAAUGGGAACUAAAGGACUGGCUAAGAAGCCCCCUGUAUCAGGGAGCUCAAAAGUCAGUCCAAAAUUGAAUGUGAAAAUUCCGAAACUUUAUGUUAAUGGAAGUGUAAACAGAGGUGUGGAUCAAAGUGAAUUUAGAUUAGAGGACAAAAAAAUUGUAAAAGGUCAUAGGCGUCAAAAAUCUUUACCUAAGCAGCAUUUAUCAUCUAUUGAAAGUGUUGGAAGUUCAAGUCGUGAAUCUGACAAAAAUGGGGUACAGGGAACUAUUCAUCAUUUUGAGACAGUCCCAUUAUCUAGUAAAGUUCAUAGGAAGGGUGAAUUGAGAAAAUCUGCCAGUUUACCAGUGUCACCUGAAAAUAAGUUUGAGAAGCUCCCUACAUAUUUGAAAUCAUUUGCUAACGGUUGUCAUGACAUUGAUGAAGCAGCAAAUGAUAACGAAAGUACUGGAAAAGGUUAUUCUCUUGCCAAAAGUAAAUCCGAUGAUUUGUGUUCAACUAUUUACGGUAAAAAAUAUUACAAUGGUGAAAAUAUAUUUAACGGGGCAUCUUACGCAAAUGGGGCAGACCUGAACAAAAACAAAAAUGCCCAUUCUGAUGUCAGUACAUUAAAUGGAUUUGAAUAUGAUGGUGAAGAACAUGGUAGGAAUGGCGUAGAGCUGUCAGAUGUUGAUAAUACAAGUUCUGUACAGAAUGGAAAGAAUGGUAUAUGGAAAAAUGUGUUUGGAUACUUUAGAUAAAUAGACUAACUCCGGAAUUGAGAAUAUUCGGGUUUUUACAGUUUAUCCGUAGGUAUAAACAAACUUUUACAGUUACAGCCUCGAAAAUAAGCACAACUUGUUGACAAAUCUAUUGUGACGGGUAGUGCACCUUAAAGCUUUAACGGUAAAAGUUUGUUCAUACCUAUGGUUUUAGUUGGGAAAAACUUAUGAGUUCUGGAUAACAUCUAUUUGGCACAGAGCUGCUAUUUUAUUUAAAGUGGGUAACGACUUUAAAUGUAGAUUAAUGUCAAAGUUUUUCUGUAAGUUUAGGGAAUGUAAUCAGUAGCUUAUGCUCAUCUUUGGGUAAAAUAUUUUUAUCGCAGAAAUUUAUUGAAAUAUUAUUUAUAUCAU